GUACGUUUGACCUUAUGGUACAAAAUUUAUUCAUCAUUCUUGUCAUCUGUCAUCUUUCUGGAUCAGAAAAUCGGCAAAAAUUCAAAAUCUACAAAAAAAUUUGUACUCGUACGAUUUUUGUAAAAUUCAAAAUCAAAAAUUUGUUUUCCAAUCUUCUUUUUGAAAAACAUCUAAGGUAAAUGUAAUACUUCAAACAACCCGAAGUGUAAUAAAAAUCAAUAAUAUGAUACUUAGAAAUUGAUAUUCAAGAACUGAGUUUAAACUCAGCCAUCAACCAGUAAUAGCCUCCUCUAAAACCGAGAGCAAAAUCCAGGAUGGAAAUCGACACCGCUGUAAAGAAUUGUGCUUUCUGCUCCAAAGCAACAGCGAACUACACUUGUCCUCGAUGUAACUUGAUUUACUGUUCUAAAACAUGCUACCAGUCGCAGCAGCAUUUAGAUUGUUCCGAGCAAUUUUACAAAGAAUGUAUCGAAGAAGAUUUAAAACUCGAAAAUAUCGAUCACGCUGGCAGGAAUCAGAUGAUGGAAAUCCUGAAGAGGUUUCAAGAGAACGCCGACGAAGACGAUGAAAUCGAAGAUAGAGAUUCAGACGAUGAAGAUUCUUUACCCGAUUUGUAUGAAAGAUUAGAGAAUGUGAAUUUAAACGACGCUGAUGAAAUCUGGGGAAGAUUGAGCGAACAAGAAAAGCUAGAGUUCCAAGCUAUACUGAAAUCAGGCGAUGUUUCUCAAUUGAUACCGGAAUACGAACCUUGGUGGUGUAAAAGGUACGAUAAAAAUAUCGAAGAUCUCGACGAUUUCAUGAAGAAAAAGAACAAAGAACAAUACGUCAAGAUAUGCCCUACGAUCAAAGAAAUAUCUCCGUUUUCCAGUCUAUGUAAAGUAACACCUUCGCCUUGUAUUUUAUGGAACAUCUGCAACGUUCUAGCUUCUUAUGCGUUUACUGUACGAAGAUAUUUAGGUGAACAUCAAGAUUACUGCUGCGAAUCGUUACAUACCAUUUUAGAUCUAUCGGCGAAUUUAAAUUCCAAUGUGAAUUUUGAUUCUAAAAAAUCAUCCGUUGAUAACGUUAUAUUCCAAGUUACCAAUAACGCCGAAUACUCAAGUUCCAAAGAAGAAGCGAAUAUCCUUCACGAAGACAUCGAAGCUUUACUAGCUGGCCCAGAAAAACCAGAGUCAAAUUUCUACAUGCUCUCAGCCCUUUCAGAUUUACAUCAGCUUUUCAAUCAAACGCUGAUUCGAGAAAAAAACAAAGACAAGAAGAAAACUGACGGAGAAUUUUCUAAAAUGUACCCUUCUCAGUUAGACAAGACUUUCGAUAAGAGUAAACUACGUUCGAGUAUGAAAAAAAUCGAUUUCUAUUCAUCUUGGGUUAAAGAUCUGUAUCACCUAUCGGUUUAAUCGUCGCCUAAUUCUAAUCAUGUUAGUUUUUAAAAAACAAAUAAAUUUUAUACAAAUGA